GGGCGUUUAUUGUUUGUAACGCGGGAGGAGGAGUCGGAGUCUCAGUCCCUGUCCGCGUCCGCGGGGCUGCGCACAGGGGCUGCUGUUUGGUCUGAUGGAAGAAACCCGCCCCGGGCCGGGCUGGCAGGACUGGCGAGAGGCUGCAGGAGCUGAGCUGUGCAGGCUAUUUCAGAGCUCAGAUCCCGGGGGGUGGCUUUGCUUUUGGAUGCCUUGGAGCUGUUUUCUUUCCUUGUAUUUGACGCCCUCCUUCGGGAACAAAAGUCUGCAUUUUUUUUUUUUUUGCCAUUUCUUUUAGGAUUUGGCAUGUACAAUAACCCCCUCUCCCCACCUGACAUCUUUACCCAAGUGGCCUACUGAAGCAGAAGUUCAGUGAAGUGUUGUCCGUACAUCUUUAGAGAGAGAGAGAGAGGCUGAGGUCUCUGCGGAGGAGGGAAACGCCUGGACGUGCUUUUAUAGGGCAAACAGAGUUUCUCUCUAGAGAUACAGUGCGAUUAGGCCCUGAUUCUGCUAAGACCUAUGCACAUGCUUAACUUUAUGAACGAAAGGACUUAUUGAUCCUAUAACAUGGAGGAUUGCCUUCAUACCUCUUCUGAAAACCUUUCCAAACUGGUCAGUUGGGCCCACAGCCAUGGGACCAUCUGCAGCCUCAUUCCAAAUCUAAAGCACUUGCUUUCUGAAGGUUCCCAUGGCAACCUGACAGCUAUGUGGGGCUGUAGCGCAGGCCAUGCGUAUCAUUGGCCAUUGACUGCUACCUGCAGGGCUGGGUCCCAGGAAAGAGUAUGUUUCCAGGACAACAGAAGCUUCAACUCGGACAGUCCCAGCAUCAUAGGUGUGCCCUCAGAGACACAGACUAGCCCAGUAGAGAGGUACCCUGGGAGACCAGUGAAAGCAAAGUUGGAUUGUAACAGAACCAGGGACUCCUGUGAUUUCUCUUACUGCAGUGAGCCUUCAGAGCUAGAUGAAGCCGUGGAAGAAUACGAAGAUGAGGCUACCCUCUUUGACAUGGUCUGCGAGUCCUCGGUGACAGAUGAGGAUAGUGACUUUGAACCUCAUACCCAAAGAUCUCAAACCAUUUCCCGCAAAAGGCCUGGAGCGGGCCAAUCCUCAUCAUCUCUUUCAGGCUCCCAGUCUCAGGUCAUUGAUGAAAGUUGUAACAAUGUGAUUGUCAAAAAGAUUAAGCAAGAAAUCCCUGAAGAUUAUUAUAUUGUGGCUAAUGCAGAACUUACCGGUGGCAUUGAUGGACCUGCGUUAUCGCUGACGCAGAUGUCAAAGCCCAAGCCUCAAACUCAUGCUGGCCCUUCCUAUAUUGGCCCCUCUAAGCCCACCCCCACUGUAGCACCUUCUCUCAGUGCUGAGCUAGACUUACAAAACAUGUCUGCUUCUCCCCCUGUCAUAUCGAGGCCUGCGGUUCAGAAGCCUGCAAGAGUAACUCUGGCUUCCCCAAACAGAGGACCAGCUAGCACCCCUACAGCCAACCAACAGGUAGCGCUCCAGAUGCCAGUCAGUACUUCCAAUACCAGCAAACAGAUUAGCAUUCCUUUAUCAGCCCUGCAGCUCCCGGGACAAGAAGAGCAAGCUGCUUCAGAAGACCUUCUCCAACCCGUGCCAAAUCAGGGUCCCGCUGGCGAAGUAGCAUUAUCUCCUUCAAUUAGCGCAGAGCCGGAAGUCAGCUCUAGUCAGCAACAACCUAACGCUGCUCCUGUCAUCGCCGCUGAGGCAACAGCCCAGUCAAUACCAGACCAGGAUGAGAGAGCAGCAGAACUCAGCAGGGAGCAGAAUGAGAAAACCAUUCGCAGCACUCAGACGGCUCUCCGUAACUUCAGAGAGUUUCUCAUCUCCAAAUAUCCCUCAGAAACCCGGGAAAUCUAUGUCAUCCCUUGCAAAGAGCUCGAUGCAUAUCUAGCAUCCUUCUUUGUGGAUGCGAGACAGAAGGAUGGCUCAGAAUAUGAGCCGAACAGCUUGGCCAACUAUCAGUGCGGACUGGAGCGCUAUCUCAAAGAACACAGGUAUGGAUACAGUAUUACAAGGGAUAAAGAGUUCAAGAGAUCUCAAGAAGCUUUGAAGCAAAAGCAAAUAGAGCUGAGAUGUAAAGGCAAAGGAAACAAGCCACACAAAUCCAUGAAGCUGACCUUUGCUGAUGAGCUUAUCCUACGCAAAAGAGGCUUGUUGAGUCGAUAUAAUCCCGAGGGGCUGCUGAACCUUGUCUGGCUAAAUAAUACUAAGGCGUUUGGACACUGCACAGGUUUUCAUGGGUCCACCCUCAAAUGGGGAGAUAUCAGGCUCCGGGUGACAGAAACAGGCUUGGAAUAUUUGGAGUGGAUGGGGCAAGAGACUGGUGAUAUGAAUGCCAAAACCAAGAGAGGAGGGACUGAUUCCAGAGUCUAUGCCACCCAGCAUGCUCCACAGACCUGCCCAGUGCAAGACUACAAGGAGUACGCUCAAAGACGGCCCCCUGCAAUGCGAUAUGAAGAUGCUCCUUUCUACCUGUCCAUCAAGCCGGUUGUCAAUUUGGCUGCACUUCAUUGGUACAACUGUCAAGCCCUGGGGAAGAACAAGCUUGCAAAGAUGGUAAAGACGAUGUGCGAGAAGGGCAACAUCCCUGGCAGAAAGACCAACUUCAGCGUCUACCAGAGCUGCAGCACCCUGUCCGAAGCACAGAGUAACCAGCUGGUGCUAAUCUGUAACAAUUUAAGUCAACAAGCUGCCCAGUCUAUGGCAAGCCACUCCAGUUCUGGCAACUUCAUAGUGUCAGCUUCUUAUGACUCUUCCUCCGACACGGCUUGAAAGGUGGAUUUCAAUUGAACAGUUUUUUUGUUAAGCGUUGAAUUUAUGCCCACUAAUACACAUCAACUGUGAUUGUACACUACUUCCCCACACCUUCCCAGUGUUAAUUCACUUUAUAAAAAAUAUAAAUAUAUAAUAUAUUUUUCUUUUUACAAAUAAGUCGAUAGAAAUAGUUUAGUAUUACUAACAUAGUAUUUAUAGUGUUUAAUACAAAAAUGAAAGCUACUUAUGGGUUAUAAUAUAAUUGCAGAUUUUACAAGGGCAAAAUGGUUCUCAGGCAACACAAGAGAGACUGGAAAUACAGUUUUUAACAUGCAUGCAAACAAUGAGUGUAAAUCCCCAUGGAGGCUUACACCUCAAAUCUGUUUUAAAUCAUUUUUGUAAAGCUUCUUAUUUUAACAACAUGAUCUCCAAGGUAGAGGGAGACAAACUUAGACAAACUGGCUGCUGUUUCUUACCUGAAAGCUUGUUCUUGUUCAGCCAGACCAGGAAAUAAGAGGUGUAUCAGUGUAAGCUUGUGAAAUCAUUUAGAGCAGUUUUUGUUUUCUUAUUGUUGUGGUUCCUGAGGCUCAUUUAUGCCAACUGGAAAAAUAUAUAAUAUUCCUAAACACAGUCCACUGAAGACUAUUUUUAACUAUUUUUUGUUGUUGAUUUUCUGUGAUCAAAAAUGUCUCUGGUCUUUAGACUAUGAGAUAUUUGUUUUGAACAAUAUGCAAAGGUGUAAUGGCAAAAAGACUGUUAUACAAAUAACCUUUAGUGUUUCAAACUAAGCAUUGGUCAUUAGUAUUUUGUUUUAUGUUAUCCAUGGAAAUGCAACGUGAGCUUCUACUAAAUUAGAAUUUCAGCCACUCUUUCAAUUUUCCAGGGAAUGCAACAAUGCUGAAAAAUCAGAAAUCUCUUCCCAGGCCAUAAAAAUAGAAUACAGAUAAAUCAAAUGUGUUUUAAAUUGUCAUUCAAAAUCCAUAGGAGGCAUAAUAGACAAUGUAAAUGAUUUUUAUAUUUAAUAUGUGAGGGGGUAAAUUAAAUUCUUAAAAUACUAGAAAACACAGUGAGCUAAAUUCAGCUAUUAACACACAAUUUCCACCGAAGACAAUAUAUGUGAAUAUGAAAGCAGAAUUUGGCUCUUAAAGACUAAAUAAUGACUGUUAUCUUUCCAACUGAUUUACUUUGCAGUAUAAUUGUUCAUUAAGCACAGGGAGAACGCUAACAAAUUAAACAUUUCAGUUGGAACCUUUGCAUUAUAAUCCCUAACCUUUAAAAUUAAGUAUGAUCAUUUUGAUGGUAAUUGAACUGAGUUUAUGCUGCGUUACAUAUGAAAAUACUUUGCUAAGGUACCCUAGCACUGCAAAGAUGAGACUUUAGACAAAACCACUAGCAACUUGAUCUGAUGGCCAUUGAAGUUAAUGGGAGUCCAUCCAUUGACUUCAACGGGUGCUUGAUCAGGUCAUAGGUGAGCAAACUGUCUGUUUCUUUGUUUACAUUCUUUAGAUCUGCAACUCUGUAGUGAGUGACAUUUAAACCAGGGGAGAAUAAAGGGAGGGUGAGAAUAAGGGUAGCAAAAAGAAGUAGAAACUAACCAACCCAAUGAAUAUACUUUAACGGGUGUGAGGAUGAAAUUUUCUCCUAUGCAGAGGAUUAGCGCAAGGUUCUAUGCAUCACUUCAGCCUUAUUCUGAGGUCUUCAGUGGAAUGUUAGUAGCAUGUCGACCUUGUGGUGGCCCUCUGCACAAGCAUGAAUUUCACCCCAACGAAUCUCUCUCCCACCUGACCUUGUAACACAUAUCAACUCUAAAGCAACUUGUGUGUAGCACAAUCUGCUUUUGAACUCCCAGUGAUACCUACAUAUCACUACACCUGUGGCACUACAGGGCUUUGAUUUCUUGUGUGCUUGCUAAGCCAGAGUUUUGGACAAGAGGAUAAAUCACCAAGAGCUACUACUCUACCCAUCUUUCCGGUCCCUGAGUUACUAACAGAUACAGUACCCUUUCUUCCUCACUGUUGAGGACUUAGGGGUAGACGUUGGUUUGGCUGGAGUCAGGUGAAGGUAGCUGAUGGUCAUACUGCAAGUUCUUACUGGCUCUACAAGAGGCAUUGGUCUUGAUUUUGAACAUUGAAUUUGAGGCCAAAACUUGCGCCCAUGGACAUUAGCGUCAGGUGUGCCACUGAGUUCAGUGGAUCAGGAUAUUUGGCCCUUUAGGGUGUGUCUACACGGUAGUUGGAGCUGUGAUUGGAGAACAGAUUGGUGUACCCAUGCUAGCUUCAACCUCGCUAGCAGGAGACACUGGGCACCCAUCGAACCGAGUGGCAACACCACCAUGAGAAAUAGUAAUGCGUCCCUCUCGCGGGACUGCUCAAUAUUAUGGAACUCGUGUAGGUAGGACCUGGAAUUGUUAGCUGAGAUUAAUUGGUUUGCGGUGUGAUUUUGCCUUUUCAUAUUUUCUGAUCAAGCUUUGUCUCCCUGAUUGGCCCCAUACAGCAUAAAAAGAAAUACAUUUCUCCGCCAAACACUUGAAACGCCACUUUGUGCAUGCGAGGAUUGUGUUUUAGGGUAUGUGUCUACGCAGCAGCUGCAGUAGAAUGGGUGGCGGCUUGUUCUAGCCAGCCAAGUACGUACCCAAAGGGUCAGGUGAAAUUGUACUCGGGUGGGUUGCCAGAGCUGCUGCUCAUAUUGCUAUUUUUAGCAUGCUAGCUUCUGCAGAGCUAGCACCUCUCUGUCUACCCAUGCUGGGAAUUACACCUCCCAGCCACAAUGUAGUCAUCCCCUAGACUUACUAGAGUCUUUUAUUCUGUCUGGCUGGAGGCAAGUCUAAUCAGAGUAGAUCAUUAAGGAAGAAAAGGCACUAAGAUUGCUGAAUAUGCUUGGGGAGCAAAAGCAGUUCCAUUGUUUUUUGCUUCUCAGUCCAUAUUUCCCAUACCCUUCCUGCCAACUCCCAUUUCCGCAGUGUUUGUCUGUUUGGCAUUUACAAGUUUGAGUUUGGGUUAACGUCAUAGGCAGGGCGUUAAUCUUGAUAUAACCAUGAAAGAUAGCAGCUCUGCUAGUUCACAUGCUUAGGAAUCAUGUAUUUUGGAGAUUGGGAGGGAGGGGCAUGUUUAUUGCAUUUAUUUUAUUUUAUUUUUAAAUACAUGUUUGUGUAUUUAGCCUUUUCUUCUGUACUUUAUGACAACCCUAACAAGUAACUCAGGGUUACAAUAGUCUGAACUUGCCGUGCCAGUGGCAGAAUGCUGGAAAGCUUUGCUAGGGAUGGUCAGCGCAAUACAGAGCUCUCUAGUUAGACUCUUUGUUGAGGUAGCUUUGAACACAUAGGGCCAGAAUCUGAUAUCUGUAUAGUAUGGUUGCCACUGGCUAUGCCCCUACUGCCAGCCUGACCCUCCUCCCCCCAGCUGCUUGCCCCCACACCCAUCCUGCCCUAGGAGCCUGUGGCAUGUUACACACACUCAGAGCAAGACCAGGGCAUUGGCUGGACUUCAGCGUGUUGUCCCCCAUCUGCAACACACAUGGCCAGCAGCAAAUAAAACCUGACAUGCCACAUCCGCUGACCAGGAACAAGCAAGGCAGCAGAAAAACUGGCCUGGCCAAGUGGCAACCCUACUGAGUAGCACCAUACUCCGACCGUAGACCCAUUGACGUUAAAUGGCACUUGGAGGAAGGUACUAUUCAGUCUGAGUAACGGUAUCAGAAUCUGGACCAUAAAGGAGGUGCUAUAUACUUCUUUAUUAAUAUGCCUGCUGUACGUUUUAAUUUAACCUGUCAAAAUAGAGCUUUGAGAAGUGAGUUCAAGUACUUACCUCUUUUUUAACUUUGAGAAAAUGAGUGUAAUGACUCUUCCUGUGCAAUAUUUGCUUGUUGAAUUGAAUGUUAUUGUCUCCGCAGUGUGAAGCUUUCCUGUUAGUAAAGCCACAACAGUGCAGCCAGGACAUAGUUCCGUAAAUUGCCACAAGCCUUUUAACCCUUUAUUUCUACAGAAACCAGGGGCUAGAUUCUGUCACUCUUACUCCAUGAUCAGUCCCACUGAAAUCAAAGGGACUACUCGUGAAAUAAGGUAUUACUCAUAGCCAAUGACCUGAGCCAUGCGAAAUGAUGAAGGAAUUGGGAAACUUGUAAAAAUGCCUUGAGAGUCUUUAUCUGUGCUAUUGACUGACUCCUGUCCUAAUGUAAACACUGGCGUGGGUUCUGUGCAUUUUAAACCAAGUUAAGAAAAGUAGCACCGUUUAAAAGUGUUUAGUAUGGUUCGCAUCAAUGUGACAGCCCUCAUUUACACCUAAGCAAACCCACUGGCUUGAGUGGGGUAACUUGGGCAUAACUGAGUACAAAAUUUGGUUCUCUAAUUUUUUUUAAAGUCUUAACACAGCUACGCAAACCCUGAGAAAGAGAGAGAUUUCAAACCCACUGUUUUUGUUGUGCAAAGUAGGCUUUGCUGAGGUUACUGCAUGACCACAUUGUCAGUUCUUGCAAAACAUCUCACAAUAAAAAGCAUGACACUAACAAGUGUAGUAAAUGUAAGGCAAACCGUCUGUUUAAAAAGCCAAGAAACAAACCUGGAAGUGUUUUAUGGUCACCCAUUAAAAUAGACACAGGUGAGUUCAUCUGAAAGUGGUCCUUCAAAUACAUGCAUAUGAGUAUAUUUGAAUGACUGGACAUUCAGAUAUAUGCGCCUAUGGAUACUAGAACUGAAUGCUUAUGCCUUGUUUUAAUAAUCACUGGUGUCUAUCUCUGGGGUUAUUUCAUGUUUGCACAAAACACCUGUUUCACUAUGUGAUAUUCCAUACUUGAGAUGGGUGAACUCUGGAGUUCUGUGAACCUUACAGUCUAUUAUUUGUGUCUGAAAAAGCUUGCACAACUAGUUCAAGUAUAUGAAUCUUACCUGGGUUACACAAACUUCCACAUAGCUAUACUUUUAAAUACAUGCAAUUGGCAUAAAAAGCCUACAGGUUAACUGUAGUUACAUUGCAAUGUGCAUAAAAACCCCUCUUCAGUUAUUUUGUGUAAUAAUUCUACAAUAACAUUGUACAAGCAACGUAACGUUGGACAAUAUAAAAGUGCAGAACAGCUGUACUUGUCACACAGGUCUGUUUCUUGAAGGAUACCAACAUUGUGGAACUAUUUCAUAUUAAUAUGCAUUUCUCAGAAGCUACAGAGCAUUGAUAUUUAAUCUAUAGUAUACUUACAGCUUUGUUUCGGCAUAUGAGGUGUUUUACAGGUUACAUUAAUACACACACUUUGCUCAAGUGUUUGAUUAGAAGGAAAAUCACAUUUUAUUACGCUGCUGGUAUAGCUGAUGUGCAGCACAAAACAGAAUUGCCUAGUAGGAGGUGGCUUUGUGCUUUCACACUGCCUGGAUUCUGGGCUGGACAAGGGGCCAGAAUGGCCCUAAUGUAAAUUAAAAUCUCUAUAGCACCAUGUACUAUCCCUAUUCUAUUCAGAUUCCUAUAUGUCCCUCAUUGCUGUAGUAUCUGAGUAUGUUCCAACAUGCAUUAAAUUACAUGACUAGCAUCUGUUAUGUAUGGUUCUUCCUUUCUCUCUUCCCCUCCCCAAGGACAAUUUGUAGAAGUCUGUGAUGGGGUCCUGACCCCUGCCAUCCUCGAUCCACCCCCUCCUUUCCUAAUCCUGACAUGUCCCCUACACCAGUGGUUGUGAGAAGGCAGCUCACUUUCCCUGCACCAGGAAAAUCCUUCCUUUGCCUAUAGUGGCACAUUCAUGGCACCUGCACACUGGAGCGGGGGACAGAGUCUUUCACCCUGAGUGCGCCUAUUUCUACUCCUAACAGACACACCUGUGGUCCCUGGAGCACUGGGCCUUAGCAUUCUGGUAACUGCAGGCUUAGAUUUUGUAGUAUGCAAUCACUGAAAGGAACACCAGUGUGUCUAUUUGAAUGACCACACAAGCCUAGAGAUGCAUCUCAUUGACUUAUCUCAUACCUGAAAUCAUUUAACACAUGUCAUUGCAGGCGAUCUUUCCCACCCUGCCAUGCAGGUGAGCAUAGGUGAAAUUCACCUUUGCACAAGGUCUAUGCACCAUUCAAGUCUAACAAAAGUCCUCAAAAUAGGAUUCAAAUGGGACCUAGGGUCACUUGGCACAGGGGGUUAAUUUCAUCCUAUAUAUAGUGCCAGAUAUGAGGAAAUAGCACUGUAUCUUGUCCCAUAACUCCUUGCGUUCCUAAGGGGGCUAAGGGAGCUGUGAAAUCAUGCUAAUUUAACACAGAUAUAUGGUAUAAUCUGUCCUAAGUUAAAUUAAACCAUUUGUUAUCUUUGUGUUCAUCUGGACCAGGUUUAAGAUGUACAGUACAUCGAUAAUGGACCUACAGUUGAAAAGGGAUUAGGAGGUUAGUUCAUUACAGAGCAAUGUGAAGUAUCUUUAACAGUCAUCUGUUUUGCAGUUUAAUUUGGAUCUUCAGUAAUGAAUGGACACUACAUCCAUUAUGGUUGGGACUUUCAGUAGCCUAAGGGAGUUAGGUGCUCAGUCUCAAUGAAAUUCAAUGGGAUUUGGGUGCCUAAAGCUGGUACGCACCUUUGAAAAUCCCAAUUUAUAUCCAUUGCAUUAAUGGGUUAUGUGUUUUUUUCCCAUUGUUAUUUUCUACUGUCUAUAAAUCUCAUGUAAGUAACUGAGUUGCCAACUGAGGUGAAAAAUUAACAAAACGCAAGUUUUUAUUUGGCACAAAAAUUCUGAUUAUUUGAUGCUGAAAGAAAAUAGACCUUUUAAUUCAGUUUCAGAGAUAUUAUUCUUGCUAUUUUUUAAUAGUCUACUUUUUAUAAAAAGACAGUCUGACACUUCCUACGCCUGGACUUUGACCUGCUUUACAAUAGCUAUAAUCUUGUGGAAAAUAUCCUGCACAUCCUCAGGGCAAUCAUCUCAGCUUGCGUAAAUGGUGUGUAGCUCCAUUGACUUUCAUGGAGUUAGGCCAUCUUAACCCAGUAGAGAAUCCAACCCAGAGUAUUUAUUGGAUUUGGGUAUUUUUAUUGAAAUCCACCUCUCCUUCAUCAAGAAAUUUAAAACACCUCAGGCAAUAACCAGGACUUUUACAGGGCCUAGAUUUUUUUUAAAAGUUUUGUGCUCUGCUUAUGCAGCUACAUCAGAAAGAAUGCAAAAAAACCCCACAUCUAAAACCUUAAUGAAUUCUAGAGAUGAGUUUAUACCCUCUCUGAUGUAAGUGCUCAAAAAAAAUGAUAUUUAGUGCUAUUUUAACUAAUAGAAAUUUUUCACAGGAGACUAGAAGAUUUGAAGGGUGCUGGGUCAUCAGAAUGGGAGCCUUACCCUUGUAGGUCAUUGGUUUAAAUCAGGUCCAUGUUGACAGUGAUUAGAGUUCAUUCUGUCUCAUAGUUAUUUGGUUAGUUACCAUAUAUGUGAUGACUUGGUGGUCUUGAUGUAAUGCCUAAUGGAGAUGAUUGAUUAAUGAGUCCGUAUCACUAAAAACAUCACUGUUGUUUACAGCAGCCGGAAUACUUGGUGGUAGUCUCCGUAAAGGCCAAAUGAGAUGAGGAAUUUCAGAGGGCAGCAUGAGGAACUUGCACUGCGACUGCUUUGACUUCAUUGAAUCAUAGAAGUCUAGGACUGGGAGGGACCUUGAGAGAUCAUCUAGUCCAGUCCCCUGAAUUCAAGGCAGGACCAUGUAAUAAAUAGCCCAUUCCUGACAGGUGUUUGACUAACCGGUUCUUAAAAACUUCCAGUGAUUGAGAUUCCACAACCUCCUUUCAUGUUUGUUAGCAGGAAUAGAGCUCUUACCUUCUGUGGGCCAACACGUAGGGCAUGUCCACACUUACCUCCGGAGCAAUCGAUCCAGCAGCGGUCGAUUUAUCGCGUCUAGCGAAGACGCAAUAAAUCAACCGCCGAGUGCUCUCCUGUCGACUCCGGUACUCCACGGGAGCAAGAGGCACAGGCAGAGUUGACGGGGGAGAGUCAGCAGUCAACUUACCUCAGUGAAGACAUAUAUUUAUUAUUCAUGUAGCUGAAGUUGCGUAACUUAGAUCAAUCCUCCCAGCAGUGUAGACCAGGCCGUAGAGGACAACAUAAUCACAUACACUUAACCAGCAUUGCACUUUGACCCACAAGCAUUGACAUCCUUUUUUUCCUCUUGAGUUAUGCUUUCAAUAUCAGUCUUCAGAAAACCCAAAGUGAAACUAAAUCAAAAUAACUGAUUUCCCCCCCCCCCCGAUUUCACAUCAAAACUACACAAAACUUUCACUCAGUUUCAACAGGAAACCAUAAAUCUGCCCAAGUUGGUUUGAAAUUGGGGCUAACUUUGCAUCGCGCAACCCAAAACAGAACUUACAACCCAGUAACAAUUUUGCAUUGAUUUCAGCUUUUAUUGUGAGUCCUGCUCUCAUAGCAGCCAUCUAGCUUUAUGUUACAACAGAAAGCUUUGUAAAGGAGAUAGAAGGGGUUUAGAUGUUUUUAUUUAAUAUGUUGACAGGCUUUACUAGUUUCCCUUGUCUUAGUGUUUGGUUACAGGAUACUGUAAUGUAUAUGGCUUCUAGAAUCUUUCUGGUCAAAUUAGACUGUGAAAUGACUUUGCAACUUUCACUCUGGGGUAAUCCCCAAUUUGCUCUGCAUUGCUGCUGAUCGGAUUCCCUAUCUGUGGUUAAAAGUAUUUAAUGUUUUUACUUCUCACCUAAGGAACAUCAGGCUUGAGAACAGACCAAUUAAAGAAAUCGUUUCCCAGGAUUUAAGGCUUGAGAAAUAAUGACAAAGUUUAGAAGAAAAGGGAAAAAAAGGAGCGAUACUGGGCUUCUAUAUGAUUUUGAAUAACUUCAUUCAGGAAGACAAAUAUGCUUAUAGCAAAGAAGAGACAGAGCAGCCAAUGAGUUAUGAUUGUGAUAGUAAUUUUCUUAUGAGUUAAUUUUUUUCCCUGUGUGCCAGGCAUAGGUUCAAAUCUUACAAGCCCUGACUAAAAUGGGAAUUUUGUGCAUAAAAUACUUGCAAGGUUGGAUCCUAAAUGUAACUCAUAUAUUGUGUGUGUGUGUGUGUGUGUGACUUAUACUGCGUCUCUAUACAUAAUAUAUAUACUGUACAUUUAUAUAGAUACAGAAAGUAUUAGAGCAUACACAGAAAAAAUCUUACUCAUUUGUUCAUUAAUUUUAUUUCAGAAUUGUUUUCUGAAUAUCUGUUCUUCCUGUGACCUAUAUAAUAUAUUUUUGGGCCUUAUUCUGCCUUCUUUACUCAGGAAGAAUCAGGCUCACUUUAGGGAAUAUUUUAGCUGAAAAAUGAGAUCUUAAUAGAUUAUAAAAUCAUGCCAUAGAGAUUCUUGCCAAUUUUGUAGCACCAGAUGAAGGAAGGAAAGAAAAUGCUUUCUAAAUAAACAUGCUUCCUGCCCAUUGAUCCAUACUCACAACUUCCAUGUAGGUUUCAGAGUAGCAGCCGUGUUAGUCUGUAUUCGCAAAAAGAAAA